UGCAUCAAUUCAUACAAGUCUUCCUAUAUUUCUCUGAAACCAACUUCUUCAUCAUUUCUUACAUCACAAUAACAUUCUAUUACAUUCAUAUAUGGGAACUUGUAGAUGGUGGAGUAAUCCUCAGAAUCUCUGUGCCACCAUGAGAAUCCUCACUGACCAAGAUUAAAAUAUCUUCACAAAACCAAUACAGGAGUGAAAGAACCAACAAGGAGACAAAGUGAAACAAUUUUCAAGAAAAGAAAAGCCGGAAAGAUAGACAACAAACACCUGGGGUACAAGGGGUGAGAGGAGAGUAGACCUAGGAAGAAGCUGUAGCAAAGAGGGAAGAGAAAGUCAAGAGUGAGCCACACCCCCACACCAUCAUAUCUGCUGUCCAAGGUUUGGGAACCUAUGUCCAAGCCAACAUCCAGACCCUGAGAUACUUCCUGAGCAAAUAGAGAAGCCAUUGCUUAAUGAACUGUGACUAAGGACCCAACCUUUCACUUUUAUAUUGGUGAUGGAGCCAUUGGAAAUGGAGCCCCAAAUGAACAGACUCAUCUUUGGGUAUCACAGAAGCUCAACAUCUGAUGAUGAUUCUGGCUGUGCCUUGGAAGAGUAUGCCUGGGUUCCACCAGGUCUCAGGCCAGAACAGGUCCAGCUUUACUUUGCUUGUUUACCAGAAGAUAAGAUUCCUUAUAUUAAUAGCCUUGGAGAGAAACAUCGGAUUAAACAACUUUUGUACCAGUUGCCUCCACAUGACAAUGAGGCGAGGUAUUGCCAAUCUUUGAGUGAAGAAGAAAAGAAGGAGUUGCAGGUGUUCAGUGGUCAGCGUAAGAAAGAAGCACUUGGAAGAGGAAUGAUUAAGUUUCUUUCCAGAGCAUUAACACACACAGUCUGUGAACAGUGUGGGAUAAAGAUAAAUGCAGGCGAAACUGCAGUAUUUGCCUCUCGAGCUGGACCUGGAAUAUGGUGGCAUCCCGCCUGUUUUGUCUGCUUUACAUGCAAUGAGCUGCUAGUUGAUCUCAUCUAUUUUUACCAGGAUGGAAAAAUUUACUGUGGUAGGCACCAUGCUGAACUGCUCAAACCACGCUGCUCAGCCUGUGAUGAGAUAAUUUUUGCUGAUGAGUGCACAGAAGCUGAAGGCCGCCACUGGCACAUGAAACACUUCUGUUGCCUUGAAUGUGAAACUGCCCUUGGUGGACAAAGAUAUAUUAUGAAGGAUGGUCAUCCAUUCUGCUGUGGUUGCUUUGAAUCUCUCUAUGCAGAGUACUGUGAGACCUGUGGAGAACACAUAGGUGUUGAUCACGCUCAAAUGACCUACAAUGGACAACAUUGGCAUGCCACAGAAGCUUGCUUUUCCUGUGCACAGUGUAAGAUUUCUUUGUUAGGUUGUCCCUUUCUUCCCAAGCAAGGACAAAUUUAUUGCUCAAAACCCUGUAGCCUUGGAGAAGAUAUUCAUGCCUCAGAUUCCUCAGACUCUGCAUUCCAGUCCGCGAGAUCGAGAGACUCUCGGAGAAGCAUCCGUAUGGAGAAAAGCAGUCAAACAACUGAUCAGUGUAGACAGUCUCUGCUCCUCUCCACUGCACUGAGCUCUAAGUUCCACCACUUUUCUGACAAUACUGAAGAAACCCUUUCUCAUAAACUGAAUGACCUGAAUCUCUCGUAUCAAGGAGAGGGUUUUGACAAUAAAGAGUUUGGGGAAGGGGAAGGAGACCAGGAAACUCUAGAAGACUCUGAAGAAUGGGCAAAGCACAAAGACUAUAUGACUGAGCUGCUUCUCAGAUUUGGUGAUAAAGGUCUCUUUCGGCAGCCUGGCGAAAUGGACCUUCAAUCCAGUGAGCAAUGGAUAUCUGAAAAUAUGGUUUCAAAGAAGACCCAUUUAGAGCAAAAUAAGCAAAGCCUCACAGAUGAAAAAUACCAGUCAGAUAUGUAUUGGUCACAGUCACAAGAUGGAUUGGGUGAUUCUGCUUAUGGGAGUCAUCCAGGUCCUGUUGGCAAUAGGAAACUCCAAGAAUUGGAUCUGGAGCAUGGAGCUUCUGGAUACAAUCACGAUCAAACACAUUGGUAUGAAGAGCCUGGGGAGUGCUUGUCCGACUUGAAAAAAGAACAAAGUGACCUGGAUUCUAUGGAUUCCUUGACCUCAUCAAAUAUUAUAGGGACUUCAGUAGAUGGAGAAAGCAAGUUGAGACCUUCAUUAUAUUCUUUGCAAAACUUCCAGGAACUAGAAAGAGACGAAUGUGAGAAAAUGAGCAAUAUGGGAACUUUAAAUUCUUCUCUGCUCCACAGAACUACUGAAUCCUUAAAGAGACUCAGCUCUGAAUUGUAUCCAGAAAAGAUACUGGCUGAAGAAAAACACCGAUCAGUACACCUGCCAGUAUUGAGAAGAUCGAAGUCUCAGUCUAGACCCCAAGUUAAAUUUUCAGAUGAUGUUAUUUAUAAUGGAAACUAUGACAGUACUGAAAUCAACCAGCCACCAAUGAGUGAAAGGACUAGGAGAAGAGUUUAUAAUUUUGAGGAAUGGGGACCACGGCCUCAUCCUCAUCCUCAUCGUCGCAGGAGAAAUAGGAAAUCUUGCUCAGACAAUGCGCUGAACCUGACUACAGAAAGAAAGUACUCUCCGAAAGCUAGGCAUUGGCAUUAUUCUCCAGAGAACUAUGGAAAAUUUAUCCAAAAUAAAAGUGCUCAUGAGCUCCCUGCUUACAUGCAAAAUGCUGAGCUCUGUAGACAAUAUGUUCAUGUUACUUCAGAUUAUGCAUCACAGAAUCAAGUAGCGGAUAAAUUUAUUAGGCUUUAUGGUGACAAUGAUUCUUCAUGUUCAACCUCUUCUUCUGAAUCUGAAGAAGAAGGAUAUUUUCUUGGGCAACCCAUUCCUAAACCACGACAGCAGAGAUAUGCCUGCUAUACAAAGGACCUCUCCAAUCCAACAAUGGAAGUACUUGCUCAAUAUGGGCAAAGGACAUCAAAAUCCAAAGGGAAAAAGGGACACAAAGGCAAAAAUUGUGUUAUUUCCUAACUCAAUAGCUAUGGAAAACAUGCAUUUGAACUCUGUAGUUGGCAGGUAGAUUUAAAUACUUUGCCAACAGCCAUGGUAACCCAAGUGAUAUUUACAACAUCAUACACAUAUUCAAAGAUAGUUUGCCCAGCUUCACCUUUUUGCAUGUUACCAAGUUUAUAGGUUAUCUCUGAAGGACUAUAGGUUUUUCAAUUCAAAAUAAAAUAAAAUGUUGUUACAUAGUAUUUAAACUCACUAUAAAGAGGGCUUUCAUUUUAAAAGAUGGAGAAAUAAUAGCCACCUUCAUUACACAGUUUUAUUUUUCAUUAAUGUUAUCCAAAUUGGCUUAGAUCUUGAUUGGUUUGCUUUAUUAUGAAGCAUGCAUAUAAUUAGAACUGACAGAGAAAAAAUGGUACGUUAUAUUAUAUAAGGCCAACUGGAACCCUUUUAACACUUAUCCCAUGUUAACAUUAUAUUGUUUUACUUCCAGCUACCAAAUGAGAAAAGAUUGCUAUUUAUAAUGUAUUCCAGAAACUUGAGUAUUUCCCUAAUUUAAUAGUACAAUUAUUAAUGUAUAUAUUACAUGGUUCAGAUUUUAAAACUGAUAUUUUUAUAUUCUUGAAUUGUAACUCUACUAUGCUACAAAACUAGAUUUCUUAGGGAGCUAGCAGUAGCAUUAGGGAUUAAGUGAAUGUUUAUAUUUUAGUCAUGAUUUUAAGUUUAGACAGUGAAAUUUGUGAUAUUGGUGUAAAAUUUAAUUUUUUUUUAAUUUUCAGUAUUAAAAAAGUUCUGUGUGCAUGGCAGAGCUUAGUAAAUACUCUUUAGCUUCAACCCACUUAAUCCUACAAGUAUUAUUUGUGAGUCAAGCAAUGUAAACUGUACAAAUGUAAAAGCAGAAUUUAAAAAUACAAAAGCACAUUUUCAAAAUACUGUUGAAAAUAUAUCAGUAAAAGUCAAA